AUGGGAGCGUUCAUCGCCAAGAUGCUGCUGCCCACAGUCAGCAGCCUGGUGUUCCUCCCGGCAGCCAGCGUCGCCGCCAAGAGGGGCUUCCACAUGGAGGCCAUGGUCUACUUCUUCACCAUGUUCUUCACCGCGAUCUAUCACGCGUGUGAUGGACCAGGUCUCUCCAUCCUGUGCUUCAUGAGAUACGACGUCCUGGAAUACUUCAGUGUUUACGCCACGGCCCUCUCCAUGUGGGUCACACUGAUCGCUCUGGGCGACUUCGACGAGCCUCAGCGCUCCAGCAUCACGAUGUUCGGAGUGCUGACCACCGCCGUGAGGAUCUACCAGGACCGCUGGGGCUACGGGAUCUACUCCGGACCCAUCGGAUCGGCCGUCUUCAUCAUCACCGUCAAAUGGCUGCAGAAGAUGAAGCAGCUGAGGGCCGUGUACCCGGACAAGAAGGUGUACACGCAGCAGGUCGGUCCCGGCUGCUGCUUCGGCGCCCUCGCUCUCAUGCUGCGCUUCUACUUUGAGGAGUGGGACUACGCCUACGUCCACAGCUUCUACCACCUGUCUCUGGCUGUGUCCUUCGUCCUGCUGCUGCCGAAGAAGAACCGCUACGCAGGGACGGAGCGGAACGCUGCCAAGCUCAGCUGCUACACGUUGUGCUGCUGCUCCAUGUCCCCGGGCACCGUCAAAGACAAGACGGACAAAUCCAAGACGAAGAAGUCUCGCUCCGUGUGGACGGUCCCAACGGAGAAGCUGUGGCCACGAGGCUGCAGCACCCCCACCCUGCCUCUCUACACCCCCCCGCCCUCCACACCUGUCAAAGGCACCAGCAUCAGCAAACUCAAAGAGAUGAACGGCUGGAAGUGA